AUGACCUACCCCAACACCAGCACACUGACCGCCAACUUCAGCGGCGCCCCGGACCCCUAUGACUCCGGGGGAAACAUUUACCGGCCCUUCUCCGUCUUCAGUGUGCUCACUCUUACCCUACUGGCCAUGCUGGUGGUGGCCACCUUCGUCUGGAACUUGCUGGUGCUGGUGACCAUCCUCCGGGUGAGGACCUUCCACCGCGUCCCCCACAACCUGGUGGCCUCCAUGGCCAUCUCCGACGUGAUGGUGGCCGCCCUGGUCAUGCCCCUCAGUCUCGUCCACGAGCUGAACGGCCGCCUGUGGAAACUGGGCCGCGUGCUGUGCCAGGUGUGGAUCUCCUUCGACGUGCUCUGCUGCACGGCCAGCAUCUGGAACGUGACGGCCAUCGCCCUGGACCGCUACUGGUCCAUCACCCGGCACCUGCAGUACACGCUGAAGACGCGCAAAAAGAUCUCCAACGUGAUGAUCGCGCUCACGUGGCUGCUGUCCUCCAUCAUCUCCCUGUCGCCGCUCUUCGGCUGGGGGGAGACCUACUCAGAGGGCAUGAAGUGCCAGGUGAGCCAGGACCCGUCCUACACCAUCUUCUCCACCUUCGGGGCGUUUUACCUUCCUCUGUGUGUGGUGCUGUUUGUUUACUGGAAGAUCUACAAGGCGGCCAAGUUUCGGAUUGGCUCCCGCAAGACCAACACAAUCACACCCAUGGCGGAGGUGAUUAUAUUUGUGAAGGAGGAGACACAGCAGCCCCAGAUGGUGUUCACCGUGCGCCACGCCACCGUGACCUUCCAGACGGACGGGGACACGUGGCGCGAGCAGAAGGAGAAGAAGGCGGCGCUGAUGGUGGGCAUUCUGAUCGGCGUGUUUGUGCUGUGCUGGAUCCCCUUCUUCAUCACCGAGCUCAUCGUGCCGCUGUGCUCUUGCGACAUCCCGCCCAUCUGGAAGAGCAUCUUCCUGUGGCUGGGCUACUCCAACUCCUUCUUCAACCCGCUCAUAUACACCGCCUUCAAUAAGAACUACAACAACGCCCUGAGGAACCUCUUCUCCAGGCAGCGCUGA